AUGGCGACCCCGAGGACGAUGAGAGCCGUGCAGUACGACAAGUAUGGCGGUGGAGCUGAAGGCCUCAAGCAUGUGGAGGUGCCGGUGCCGUCGCCGAAGAAGGGCGAGGUGCUGCUGAAGAUGGAGGCGGCCAGCAUCAACCCCAUCGACUGGAAGAUCCAGAAGGGCAUGCUCCGCCCCUUCCUCCCCGGCAAGUUCCCCUUCACGCCAGUGGGCGAUCUGGCCGGCGAGGUGGUGGAGCUGGGCAGCGGCGUGACCAACUUCAAGCCGGGAGACAAGGUCAUCUCCAUCAGCUUCCCGAGCGGCGGCGGGCUCGCCGAGUACGCGGUGGCGCCGGCGUCGCUCACGGUGGCGAGGCCGCCGGAGGUGUCCGCCGUCGAAGGCGCCUGCCUGCCGGCCGCCGGAGGCUCCGCGCUGCAGCUGCUCAAGCUCGCCGGGGUCAGCUUCGACGGGACCUCCGGCACCACCGGCCCGAAGAACGUGCUGGUGACCGCGGCCUCGGGCGGCGUGGGCCACUACGCCGUGCAGCUCGCGAAGCUCGCAGGCCUCCACGUCACGGCCACCUGCGGCGCGCGCAACGUGGACUUCGUCCGGGGCCUGGGCGCCGACGAGGUGCUGGACUACGGGACGCCCGAGGGCGCGGCCCUGCGGAGCCCGUCGGGCAGGAGGUACGACGCGGUGGCGAACUGCGCGGCGGGGGUGCCGUGGCCGGCGCUCAAGGCGGUGCUGGCCGACGAGGGCGGCACGGUGGCGGACGUCACGCCGGGGGUCGGCGCCGCGCUCACGUCGAUCCUGCAGAAGGCGACCUUCGCCAAGAAGAGGCUGGCGCCGCUGAUGCUGGCGCCCAAGCGGGAGGAGAUGGAGUGGCUGGUGGGCUUGGCUAGGCAGGGGAAGCUCAGGACGACGGUGGACUCGCGGCACCCGCUGAGCAGAGCGCAGGAGGCCUGGGCUAAGAGCAUGGAGGGGCAUGCCACUGGCAAGAUCGUUGUGGAAAUGGGAGGCGCAGAAUGA